AUGACUGAUGGCGAGAGGACACAGCCGGUUCACCCUCUGGGGAACGAGGAUGUCCGGGUCCCGGUGGCUGGCAGAUUCCCGGCGGACGCCGAGACUGACAAUGGAGGAUUGUGCGGCGGCAGCAGUGGGAAUAUUGCAAUGGAAAGUAUGGGACCAUUGAGCGGCAGUAGCUUCUCGGCUCAGGAGCUCGGAGCAGUGGAGAUAGCGUCAGACCCCGCCACUGAGCAGCUCCCAUACCCGGCCCUAGCGCCCGCCGUGUUCUUCUGUCUCAAACAGACAACCCGACCGCGGAGUUGGUGCCUCAAAGUGGUUUGUAACCCAUGGUUCGAGCAUGUCAGCAUGUUGGUCAUCCUUUUGAAUUGUGUUACGUUGGGAAUGUUUCAGCCUUGUGAAGAUGUGGAAUGUAAGUCUGAAAGGUGUACCAUACUUCAGGCGUUUGAUGACUUUAUUUUUGCAUUCUUUGCUGUGGAAAUGGUCACAAAGAUGGUGGCUCUUGGAAUAUUUGGGCAGAAGUGUUACCUGGGAGAUACAUGGAAUCGCCUGGAUUUCUUCAUUGUAAUGGCAGGGAUGCUGGAAUAUUCACUGGAUGGCCACAAUGCAAGUCUCUCAGCAAUCCGAACUGUCCGGGUUCUCAGGCCAUUAAGAGCCAUUAAUAGAGUUCCUAGUAUGAGAAUACUAGUGACUUUACUACUAGAUACUUUGCCUAUGUUAGGCAAUGUCCUUCUUCUUUGUUUUUUUGUCUUCUUUAUAUUUGGAAUUGUUGGAGUGCAGCUGUGGGCUGGGCUGCUAAGGAACAGGUGUUUUUUUGAAGACAGCUUUGCAAUGUAUUACAAUGUUUCUUUACCUCUAUAUUACCAGAUUAAUGGUGAUGAGACUCCAUUUAUUUGCUCACUGCCACGGGACAACGGCAUGCAGAAAUGUCAGGACCUUCCAAAUUUGAAAGAAAAUGGAGCUGAAUGUUUUCUUAGAUUAGAUUCUUAUAACCACCCAAGAUAUAGCCUGGAAAUGAACAACACAAGUGGCUGCAUAAACUGGAAUCAAUAUUACAAUGCGUGCCGAACCGGAGAUAUAAACCCACAUAAGGGUGCCAUUAAUUUUGAUAAUAUAGGAUAUGCCUGGAUUGCUAUUUUUCAGGUUAUUACCCUGGAAGGAUGGGUGGACAUCAUGUAUUAUGUUAUGGAUGCACAUUCUUUUUACAAUUUUAUAUAUUUUAUACUGCUUAUAAUUGUUGGUUCAUUCUUCAUGAUUAACCUGUGCCUGGUUGUCAUAGCAACUCAGUUUUCAGAAACAAAGCAACGUGAGAACCAAUUAAUGCAGGAGCAGCGAGCCCGCUUUCUUUCAAAUGAUAGCACAAUCGCCAGCUUCUCUGAGCCCGGAAGUCUCUAUGAAGAGCUUCUGAAAUACAUUUGCCACCUCUUUAGGAAAGUGAAGCGGCGCACACUGCGCCUUUACAACAUCUGGCAAAAUAAACAACGCAAGAAGGUCACCCCAAACAGCUCGAAUGGUCAGGAGAGGAAAUGGCGGAAUAAGGGACGUGUAAGGUCAAUUCAUCAUUUAAUUCACCACCAUCAUCAUCAUCAUCACCAUCAUUAUCAUAUCAGCAAUGGUAAUUCAAGGGCACAGCAGGGCAGUCCGGAACUUUGUGAUGUGGAGAUGAAAUCUUUACGAGCUGGCAGUAAGCUCAUGCUUCCUUCAUCUGUAUUAAACCACCAGAAUCCUUCUUCAGGUGCCGAGUCAGUUCACAGUAUUUACCAUGCCGACUGCCACUUUGAAAGCCCACAAAUGACAUGCAAGUCUUCCACUGCAGCUAAUGUUAAGCUAAUGGCUGGCCUUACACAUCAUGGGGGCAUGAACUAUCCAACAAUAGUUCCAUCUGUGACUAGUAGAAGCAGCUGCACACCAAAACUAAAAGGCAAGAGAAGCAGUAAUACGCCCAUCACUAUGGGCAAAGGGAACCCUAACAUGAACUUGGCAGAUUCCUAUGGCAAACUGCACCAUUUUGUGGGAGAACAUGGAAUCUUUCGAGCUGCAAGCAAGUUGUCAGGACUGAACAUGCCAUGCUCUACACCCAAUACUCAGGCUGGUGUCUUGACUUGUGAACUUCAGAAUUGCCCUUAUUGUGCCCGCGUUUUAGAAAACCCAGAGCUAGAGCUCAGUGAUUCAGAAAUUGGUGACUCUGAUGCUGAUGGCGUGUAUGAAUUUACACAUGACAUCGCGCAAGGUGACCAAAGAGAUCAGAUACACAAGAACAAAAAGAAACCAAAGGAAAAGAAUAAAUUAAUCGUGCUCUGGACAUUAUUCUCUGAAAAAAUGAAAAGAAUUGUGGAAAGUAAAUAUUUUAACCGUGGGAUUAUGAUAGCCAUUCUGAUCAACACGUUGAGCAUGGGUAUUGAGUACCAUGAGCAGCCCGAAGAGCUUACCAAUGCCCUGGAGAUCAGCAACAUUGUAUUUACCAGCAUGUUUGCCUUGGAAAUGAUUCUUAAACUUCUCGCAUUUGGUAUUUUUGGUUAUAUUAAGAAUCCAUACAACAUCUUUGAUGGAAUUGUUGUCAUUAUCAGUGUGUGGGAAAUUAUCGGUCAGUCUGAUGGUGGCCUUUCAGUGCUGAGAACAUUCCGGCUGCUCCGAGUUUUGAAGCUGGUCCGUUUCCUGCCGGCAUUGCGACGCCAGCUGGUGGUUCUGAUGAAAACCAUGGACAAUGUGGCUACAUUCUGCAUGCUGCUCAUGCUGUUCAUAUUUAUCUUCAGUAUUCUGGGCAUGCACCUGUUUGGAUGUAAAUUCAGCUUGAAGACUGAGAAUGGAGACACAAUCCCAGACAGAAAGAAUUUUGAUUCUUUAUUGUGGGCAAUUGUCACUGUGUUUCAGAUCCUUACACAGGAGGAUUGGAAUGUAGUCCUGUAUAAUGGAAUGGCCUCCACCUCACCUUGGGCUGCCCUCUACUUUGUGGCAUUAAUGAUUUUUGGCAACUAUGUACUUUUCAACUUACUGGUUGCUAUUCUUGUGGAAGGCUUCCAAGCAGAGGGUGAUGCCAACAGAUCAGAUACAGAUGAAGAAAAAACAUCUGCUAAUUUUGAUGAUGAGUGUGAACGAUUUAAAGAUCAUUCUUCCGAAUUAAAAAUGUAUUCAGUCGUCAUGACAUCAAACGGACAUUUGGAUUCGCGAAGCAGUAUACCACCACCUAUUAUCAUGCGUACUGCUGCUACGCCCAUGCCUACACCAAAGAGUUCACCAUAUAUGGAUUCAGUUCAUACUUACUUAGAGUCCAGAAGGGGCAGCAGUGCUUCCAUUGAUCCUAUGAAUUAUGACCAGAGGUCUUUGUCCAGUAUUCGCAGUUCACCUUGUGCCCCCUGGGGCACCAACAGUAAUUGGGGUAGUCGCCGGUCUAGUUGGCAUAGCCUUGGGAGAGCACCCAGUUUGAAAAGGAAGAAUCAGUCAAGUGAAAAGGAAUCUCUGCUCUCUGGUGAAGGACAUGAAAGCUGUGGUGAAGAUGAUGAAUCAGAAGAUGCAAAGUCGAGCAAAGCUGGCAGCCUCAGUGGAUGGUCCUUGCACCAUCGAGCAGAAUCUUUUGACACCAAAGGAUCCUUAGACUUGCCUGAACUACUCCAAGUACCAGUUCUGCGACAUCCUGUGACCUUGAAUCCAAUGAGCGUGAUACCUUGUGACUAUCAAGACUGCAAUGGCAAAUCCUUGCAUAUUCCAAAUGAGGUCUUUCCUCGUAUGGAUAACCACAAAGAUGACCCAAAUGAUUAUGAAGAUGAAAUUGAUGAUAGUUACUGUUUUAGAAUCCGGCAAUUUCUGGAGCCAUACAAACCAACUUGGUGUAAAACACAUGAAGACUGGGCACUCUAUUUAUUCGCACCUCAAAACCGGUUUCGCAGCAUGUGCCAGAAGAUCAUUGCCCACAAGAUGUUUGACCAUGUGGUCUUGGUUUUUAUAUUUCUGAAUUGCAUUACCAUUGCUCUUGAAAGACCUGAGAUUGACCCAAGCAGUACGGAACGGAUGUUUCUGAGUGUCUCAAAUCAUAUCUUCACUGCUAUUUUUGUUGUUGAAAUGACUCUGAAGGUUGUAGCACUAGGCUUCAUUUCUGGUGAGAAUGCCUAUCUCCAAAGCAGCUGGAAUAUUUUGGAUGGCAUCCUGGUCUUUGUUUCUGUAAUUGACAUAAUUGUCUCCCUGGCAUCAGCGGGAGGAGCAAAGAUCCUUGGUAUUCUACGUGUACUACGACUCCUGCGAACCCUGCGUCCUCUCCGAGUCAUCAGUCGAGCUCCAGGCCUCAAACUGGUAGUAGAAACCUUAAUAACUUCCCUGAGACCCAUUGGGAAUAUCGUACUCAUUUGCUGUGCUUUCUUCAUCAUUUUUGGAAUCCUGGGGGUCCAGCUGUUUAAAGGCAAGUUCUACCAUUGUGAUGGACAUGACACCAGAAAUAUCACAAACAAAUCGGAAUGUUUGCAAGCUAAUUUCAAAUGGGUGCGCCGUAAAUAUAAUUUUGAUAAUCUAGGACAGGCAUUGAUGUCACUCUUUGUUUUAUCGUCCAAAGAUGGCUGGGUAAAUAUAAUGUACGAUGGUCUCGACGCUAUAGGAAUAGAUAAGCAGCCGCAAAGGAACCACAACCCAUGGAUGCUCCUGUAUUUCAUCUCCUUUCUCCUGAUUGUGAGCUUCUUUGUGCUAAACAUGUUCGUGGGCGUGGUGGUGGAGAACUUCCAUAAGUGCCGGCAGCACCAGGAGGCUGAGGAGGCCCGCCGGCAGGAGGAGAAACGUCUGCGAAGGCUGGAGAAAAAGCGCAGGAGUAAGGAACUGUGCCUGGCUGAAGCUCAGCGCAGACCUUAUUAUGCUGAUUACUCCCCUGCUCGACUUUACAUCCAUAAGUUGUGCACCAACCACUACCUGGAUUUAUUUAUCACAUUUAUUAUUGGUAUAAAUGUUAUCACUAUGUCCAUGGAACACUACCACCAACCAACUUCACUUGAAGAAGCUCUGAAGUAUUGUAACUACGUGUUCACAAUCGUCUUUGUCUUUGAAUCUAUUCUUAAGCUCAUUGCAUUUGGCUUCAGGAGAUUCUUUAAAGACAGGUGGAACCAACUGGAUCUGGCUAUUGUGCUUCUCUCAAUAAUGGGAAUAACCUUGGAAGAAAUUGAAAUUAAUGCCUCACUCCCUAUUAACCCUACUAUCAUUCGCAUCAUGAGAGUGUUACGAAUUGCAAGAGUGCUGAAACUACUCAAGAUGGCUACUGGAAUGAGGGCUUUACUUGAUACAGUUGUGCAGGCUUUGCCUCAGGUGGGAAACCUUGGUUUAUUGUUCAUGCUUUUGUUUUUUAUCUACGCGGCUCUUGGAGUUGAGCUCUUUGGAAAGCUGGUUUGUAAUGAUGAAAAUCCUUGUGAAGGCUUGAGUCGACAUGCAACAUUUGAAAAUUUUGGAAUGGCAUUUCUUACUUUAUUCAGAGUUUCUACUGGUGAUAACUGGAAUGGAAUAAUGAAGGAUACAUUGCGAGAAUGUGGCAGUGAGGAUAAACACUGCCUCACCUACCUCCCCUUCUUCUCUCCCGUGUACUUUGUCACUUUUGUUCUAAUCACUCAAUUUGUGUUGGUCAAUGUUGUGGUUGCUGUUCUAAUGAAACACUUGGAGGAGAGCAACAAGGAAGCCAAAGAGGAUGCAGAGCUUGAUGCAGAAAUAGAGUUGGAAAUGUCGCGAGCCCAGGGAACAUCGACCAGCAACAUCGGGCAAACCCCUAUCCUUGACAGCAGAGCUUCAGGAGCUGGCCAGGAGUCAAUAAGACUUGAAUCACCAGUACAUGCAAAACAAUUGACAGAAGAUCCUCGAUACAACAAAAUGGUAGGAGAAAAUCGAACAGAGAAUUUUCUUACUGUUCGGAAAGUUUCUGUGUCUCGAAUGCAUUCCUUACCUAACGACAGCUACAUGUUUCGCCCAGUUAGAUCAGCCCAAGCUCAUUUUCCGCUGCAUGAAGUGGACCCCCAUCAGGGAGUCUGUGAGAAAUGACUCAGUGGAUGUUAUGAAUUUGGAGUCUA